UUUUUUUGUCCUUUUCUGCCUUUACCUUUCCUUCUACUCCCGAAAAAGCACUGACUUUGCUCUGUUUCCUUCAUUCACACAGAGAAAGAUAGAAAUCUUCUGAGCGAAAUUCUGACAAAAGAGAUGAUGGAAUGGGAUAAUCAGCAACAACCCAAUAACCAUCACUCUUCUAAUCUUCAAGGGAUCGAUGUUAAUGGCGGCUCCGGCGCCGGAGGAGGAAUGUACGUGAAGGUGAUGACCGAUGAGCAGUAUGAAACUUUGAGGAAACAGAUUGCUAUUUACGGCACCAUUUGUGAGCGUCUUGUUGAGAUGCACAAAACUCUCACUGCUCAACAAGAUCUUGCAGGAGGGAGAUUGGGAGGUCUAUAUGCAGACCCAAUGAUGUCAUCUAUAGGUCACAAGAUGACAGCUAGACAGAGGUGGACUCCUACACCGGUUCAGCUUCAAAUUCUGGAGCGUAUAUUCGAUCAAGGCACUGGAACACCGAGCAAGCAGAAGAUCAAAGAGAUAACAGAAGAGCUGAGCCAACACGGCGAGAUUGCUGAACAAAAUGUCUACAACUGGUUUCAGAACCGACGUGCUCGAUCCAAGAGGAAGCAGCAGGGUGGAGGUUCUUCUGGAAACAAUAAUGGUGAGUCUGAGGUAGAGACUGAAGUUGAGGCAUUGAAUGAGAAGAGAGUAAGGCCAGAGAGUCUUCUUAGUCUUCCAGAUGGAAAUAACAACAAUAAUGUGUUAGGGACAACAACAACAACUACUACUACUCCUAGGCCUGAAGAUCUUUGCUUCCAGAGCCCUGAGAUGAGCUCAGACCUUCACUUGUUAGGUGUUCUAGCAAACCCAAGGGAUGAGCAUCUUGUUGGAAAGAUGGGACUGUCUGAAAGUUACAACCUUUAUGAUCAUGUUGAAGAUUAUGGCAUGUCAGGCUGAUUAAUACAACAAGCUGAGGAAACUUCUAAUUAUCAGAGAGAUCAAUGAAAUGGAUAUGGUAGUCAGUCAUAAGCAGUUUUAGACUUUUGUUUUCAUUUAUGGUUUUUUUUCAGGGCUUAUUAAGAAACAAGUAGUAGUUUA